AUGGGCGCGCGCGAGCGUAAUAUUGAUCUCUUGCAUCCUGCCAACGCCAGCCAAAUGAUGCACAUACUCCAGGCAAGAAUGGCUGCCCAACAGAAAGCUAACGAAGGCAGUGUGGGUUCACAGUCAGCAUCCCAGUGUCUAGCCAGCCAUCUUCAUCUUCAGGUGUUCCAGGGGAGAACUCACCUCGUCCCAGCUCUACUGGUGAUAUCUCUGGGCAUGUCAGGAUCAGGGAAGGCCAGACAUGCAAUAUCUACAUUUGCCUCGACUUCCAGUCCCAGAAUGAUGAACCCUGCUGCGAAUCCCUUCUCCGCCCAAGGGAGAGAUAAUCCACUGUAUCCUCGUCAUUUAGUUCAGCCUACAAAUGGGACGCCCUCAGGAAAUUCCAUGCAGACGUCUGCAAAUGAGACACAUGUUUUGGAUCACACUGCGUCUACAAAUAAAAGUUUAGGUUCUGCUGAGCAUUUGCAAAUGCAGCAGCCUAGGCAGCUGAAUGCACCCAGUCCAAAAGCUGCUCUAUCUGACGCUGGGUUACCUAGUAAAUCUUCCCUUCAGAGUGGACGGGGGACCAAACAAGCACAGCAGCGAUCAGGAUUUACCAAACAACAACUCCAUGUUUUCAAAGCCCAGAUACUGGCAUUUCGUCGUUUGAAGAAAGGAGAAGAAAACCAAGCAAGGUCACUGGAGUCUGGCAAAGAGUCUAAGACUGCUGCUUCUUCAAAUGGACAGAUUUUUGCUAAAGAGGCAGAUAAUGGUGGAGAUACAGAAGUACCUUUGGCGACGGGCCACAGCCAAUUAUUUCAAAAUCUAGAAAAAGAAGCUGCUUCUACUGAUGCGGUUACGAAAGAGGAGCAACAAACUGAUGCAUUCCCAGUUAAGUCAGACCAAGGAGCAGAUGCUAGUACUCAACAGACUCCUAGAAGUGAUUCUAUUGCUGAUAAGGGAAAAGCUGUUGCAUCUGAUGGAAGCCAAUCUAAUGUUCCGCCACAAGCAAUCUCUCCCCCGCAGCCUAAGGAUACAGCCUCUGCAAGGAAAUAUCAUGGACCAUUGUUUGAUUUUCCCCUUUUCACUCAAAAACAUGACACUUAUGGAUCUGCAACAGCCAAUGCCAACAGUUUGAAAAAGAUAAAUGGUCUACUAGCAACAAACUUGGAAAGGAAAAGGAUUAGGCCGGAUCUUGUUUUGCGGCUUCAGAUUGAAGAGAAAAAGCUCAGGCUAUCGGCUCUUCAGUCUCGUGUUAAAGAUGAAGUGGAUCGACAACAGCAGGAUAUAAUGUCCAUGCCUGAUAGGCCAUACCGUAAAUUUGUGAGGUUGUGCGAAUGA